AUGCUUGCAUUGUUGAAGGAUUUUCUUAAGGAUGAGUAUGAAGAAGUUUUGAAAGACCCUGUCUUCGGUCCGAUUCUGGCAAUUGUAGACAACAAACUCAUUUACUCAGGGAAGAUCAUUCACAGCUUUAUAUGCAAGCAGCUCAAGGUUUCCAAGCUUCACGAGUUGUGGUUUGAGUUUGCAAACCGGCCGCUAAGGUUCUCCAUGCAAGAAUUUCAUGCUGUCACUGGGUUGAAGUUCAAAGAAGAACCAGACAUAGACUUCAACAAUUGGGAGGAUGAUAAGGGUUUCUGGAGCAAAGCGCUGAAGCAAAAUAGCAAUAUCAACAUAUACAUGAUAAGGGACGAGCUACUUAAGGUGUGUAACAAGUGGUCAUAUGUGGACAGGGUGAG